UACGCGCUGGCCGGGCGGCCGCUGCCCGAGCUCUGCGACCACAAUGCCAAGGUGGCCAAGGGCCUGGACCGCAAUCAGGUGGCUCAGACCUGGACGAUGUUGCGGAUUAUCUAUUCCAGCCUUGGAGCUGUGUCAUCUGCCAACCUCAAUCACAGCAUGGGGAAAGGCAGUGCUGCCCUCCCACUCAUGAACAGCUUUAACCUGAAGGACAUCCCCUCUGGGCUGGGCAGCGAGUCCAGACUGGACCGCAGCAAGGGAGAAAGUCGCACGGAAAACAUCCUCCUGGAUUCCUCCUCCACCCUGAUCAACAACGAGGACAAUGAAGAGACGGAGGGCAGCGACGUCCCUGCGGAUUACCUGCUGGGAGAUGUGGAGGCAGACGAAGAUGACCUGUACAUGAUGGACCAUGAGAACCCACACGCUGAAGAGCAGGAGUACAGCCUGCCCCAGGAAGCCUUUCCCCUGCGCCACGAAAUCGUGGACAACCCCUCGGCCUUGGACCACCUGCAGGACAAGGCUGACUCCCCUCACGUCAGCGGAAACGAGGCCGAGACGGUAUCCCUGACCCCUGUGGAGUCCUUCUCCCUCAUCUCCAUCUCCCACUCGCUCUACGAGAACCGUCUGCCCUCCGACUUCUUCAGCCCCAUCGUGCGGGACACGCUGCUGUUCUACGCCGAGCAGGGAGACGUGCAGACAGCUGUGUCCGUGCUCAUCGUGCUGGGGGAUCGCAUCCGCAGGGAGAUCGACGAGCAGACACAGGAGCACUGGUACACAUCCUACAUCGACCUGCUGCAGCGCUUCCAGCUCUGGAACAUCUCCAACGAG